UUUACUAGUAUUGGAAACACGAAGAAGAACUUAAUCAGGAAGUCAGAUAAAACAAAUAGGUUGUUACCGUUACGCUUUUAUAUUUUUUUUAUAGCAUAAAAGCUUACGGGCCCACAAAAAAUAAAAAAUGGGAAAACGACAGCAUCAAAAAGACAAAAUGUACAUCACAUGUACAGAAUACACAAACUUUUACGGAGGGAAGCGGACAGAAAUCCCACAAGCAAACUUCAGAAGGCUUUCAUUUGACCACUGCAGCUUGUCCCUUCAGCCGUUUGAAUAUCCUGUCUGUACUGAGGAGGGAGUCGUAUUUGAUUUGCUGAGCAUUGUUCCAUGGAUCAAGAAGUAUGGAACUAAUCCAACCUCUGGGGAAAAACUGGAAGCUAAGUCCCUCAUCAAACUCAACUUUGCCAAGAACAACGAUGGAAAGUUUCACUGUCCUGUUCUGUACAACGUCUUCACAAAUAACUCUCACAUCGUUGCCAACAAGGUGACUGGAAACGUGUUUUCCUAUGAGGCUGUUGAGCAGCUAAACAUCAAGACUAAAAGCUUUAAAGAUCUGCUGACUGAUGAACCCUUCACCAGAAAGGAUAUCAUUACUCUUCAGGACCCCACAAACCUGGAUAAAUUCAACGUAUCCGACUUUUUCCAUGUUAAAAACAACCUCAAAGUGUUGGACCCAGAUGAGGAAAAGGCCAAACAGGAUCCAGCUUAUCACCUGAAGAGCACCAACCUGGAGACCAGGGAGACCUUAGCUGAGCUUUACAAAGACUACAAGGGGGAUCAGCUCUUGGCUUCCACCAUGAAGGAACCAGAAGCCAAGAAGACAGACAAAUUAAAUGCUGCUCACUACUCCACAGGCAGAGUGUCCGCCUCCUUCACAUCCACAGCCAUGACUCCUGCAACAACACAUGAAGCAGAUGCCAUUGCAGAUGAUACUGUGCGAUACCAUUAUGUGAAGAAAAAAGGCUAUGUCCGUCUGCACACAAACAAGGGAGAUUUGAAUCUGGAAUUGCACUGUGAUAAGGUUCCCAAAGCUGGAGAGAAUUUCACCCGGCUAUGCAAAAAGGGCUACUAUGAUGGGACGAUCUUCCACAGGUCCAUCAGGAAUUUUAUGAUACAAGGAGGGGAUCCCACUGGCACCGGGACAGGAGGUGAAUCCUUCUGGGGAAAACCUUUCAAGGAUGAGUUUCGACCCAACCUUUCUCACACCGGCCGGGGAGUUCUCAGCAUGGCUAACUCUGGUCCAAACACCAACAAGUCCCAGUUCUUCAUCACAUUUCGGUCGUGCACCUACCUCGACAGGAAGCACACAGUAUUUGGAAGGGUGGUUGGUGGAUUUGAAACCCUCACAGCCAUGGAAAAUGUAGAGUGUGAUCCCAAAACUGACAAACCAAAGUCAGAGAUCAAGAUCUUAACUACAUCUGUGUUUGUGGACCCGUAUGAAGAGGCUGAUGCUCAGAUUGCAGCAGAGCGAGAGAAGGAGCUGCAGAAGCAGGAGGAGGAAAAGCAGCAGGCCAGCAUCGCCUUGAAGAAAAGCAAGGAGGAGCAGGCACCCAAGACCUUCAAAGACGGCGUGGGGAAAUACAUCAACCCUGCCACAGUAAAACGUCCAGCUGUUGAGGAUGAAGCCGGGCCGUCCACCAGCAGUGCAGCAGCCAAGAAGUCCAAAGGCAAGACCAGCUUCGGAGACUUCAGCUCUUGGUAGCGCUGAAGGUUUCAGCUGUUUUUGUUUGUUUGGUUUUUUUAUAUUGGCUAUUACGGCUAAAUCUAAGCAAAAUUCCUUUCAUGUUUGCUCUUUUGUUAUGUUUACCGUCUCAGAGUUGUGAGUUGUUCAUCUUGUGAAACUACCGAUUAAAGCUACUUUUUUCAUAAAUACCGCUGUAAUCUAAUUUUUCCUUCAAAAGUUGUGUGAUUGCUCGUUCUGAAACAAAACUAAAUAUAAUAAACAUUGCUGCAAGGACAAACAUGU